AUGGGUUCAAUUCAGCAGAUGUUCAGCCUCGAAGGCAAGACUGCCCUCGUUACGGGCGGAACGAGAGGAAUCGGACAAUCAAUGGCCAUUGCCCUCGCAGAAGCAGGAGCAGACAUCCUACUCGUGCAACGCGACGAUUCAAAUCAAUCCACGAAACAAGCCAUCGAAAAGCUGAACCGAAAAGUCCAAAUCUACACCGCCGACCUGGCCUCCGCCUCCUCCAUGUCCUCUCUCCUUCCCAAAGUCCUCGCCGACGGCCAUCAAGUCCAUAUCCUGCUCAACUGCGGCGGCAUACAAAAACGACAUCCAGCCGAACAAUUCCCCGACGACGACUGGAACGCCGUGCUGCAAGUCAACCUCAACGCCGUCUUCACCCUCUCCCGCGACGUCGGCGCUCACAUGCUAUCCCGGGACGCCGACGAGUUCGGCCGGAGAGGAAGUAUCAUCAACAUCUGCAGUCUACUGUCCUUCCAAGGCGGCAUCAAUGUUCCCGCCUACGCAGCGAGCAAAGGCGGCGUCUCGCAACUGACCAAGGCGCUGUCAAAUCAAUGGGCGGCCAAGGGCAUCAGCGUCAACGGUAUUGCUCCGGGGUACAUCGCAACGGAUAUGAAUGAGGCGUUGAUCGCGGACGAGAAGCGAGCGCAGUCGAUCUUGGAGAGGAUUCCGGCCGGAAGAUGGGGCAGUCCAGAUGACUUCAAGGGGAGCGUGGUGUUUCUGGCGAGUCGGGCGAGUGCGUAUGUUAGUGGCGAGAUCUUGACGGUGGACGGUGGGUGGAUGGGAAGGUAG